AUGGCCAAUCAAACAGCAACCAGAGAAUUUGUCUUCCUGGGCUUCUCCCAUUUCCCUAAGCCCCAUUCUCUGUUCUUCAUCUUGUUCCUGACCAUGUACAUCACCACCUUGUUGGGAAACGGCCUCAUCCUGGGCACAGCUUUUCUGGAUUCCAGCCUCCACACGCCCAUGUACUACUUCAUUCGGCAUCUCUCCUUCCUGGACAUGUGCUACACCUCAGUCACUCUGCCCCACGUGCUGAAAAACCUGUUGGCCGAGUCGAAGGCCAUCUCCUUCCCGGCCUGCCUGGUCCAGCUUUACUUCCUGGUGGCCUUCGUGGGAGUCGAGUGCCUCUUGCUGGCCGUGAUGGCCUACGACCGAUACGUCGCCAUCUGCCGCCCCCUCACGUACGCCCUCCUCAUGAACCGGACAUUAUGUGCCCAGCUGGUGGCGGCCUCGUGGGCCUGCGGCCUCCUCAACUCGGUCCUCCACACAGCCAUGACCUCUCUCGUGCCUUUCUGUGCCUCUCACAAGCUGGACCACUUGUUCUGCGACGUCCCCCAGUUGCUCAAGCUCUCUUGCGCGGACACUUUCCCCAACCAAGUCACGUUGCUGGCGGUAACGAUGCUUCUGGGUGUCAGUCCUUUCUUCUGCAUCGUGGUUUCCUACAUCCAUAUUGUCUUGGCAGUCUUGAGGAUCCGCACCUCCCAGGGCCGCCACAAAGCCUUCUCCACCUGUGCUUCCCACCUCACGGUGGUCACCUUGUUCUACACCACCUGCAUGUUUAAUUAUAACCGGCCCAGUUCAAGCCAUCCUGAGUAUAUAGACACUCUGGCUUCUGUGCUUUACAAUGUGGUGACCCCGAUGCUGAACCCCAUUAUCUACUGCCUGAGGAACAAAGAAAUGAAAGAGGCUCUCAAACGAGUAGUGGGCAGGGAGCUUUUC